CAACAACCUGCUAAAUUGUCAACACGAAACAAAAGGAUGGGAGAAUAUUUCUUCCCGAGAGCUGUGUAAAUGAAAUAAAAAAUUGAGCAGGCGGCCAAGAAAAACUUACGUAGUAUGCGUGAGGCCAUUUGAGUGUAUUGCUUCAUUACGCCCCGCACUGGCGUAGGUUAUGCAGUUUUAAAACCGUGAAGAAAUUUGAAAAUUUUGAGGAUCAGUAUUUUUUAACUUACAACUUGAGUGCUAGAGAUGUAUGAGGAACAACAAGAUUUCAACAGCAGAGGAUAUGGGUCUUAUCCAAAUGAUGGUUCACAAAGUGGUGGUUAUGGACAUAACUAUCAAAGUUAUCAUAGACAGAAUGACUCUUUAAAAGGAAAGUUGGAGCAGAAGUAUUGGAAAACCAAACAAAAAGUUCUUGAAAAGUUGAAUAAAGACCAGGAUGAAUUUGUUGUGGCUGGAGAUGCUGAAGUAGAUGCUAGACUAGAGGCCUACAGGCACAUCAAUGGAACAUGCACACAACUAAUGAUGGCAACAGAAGCUUAUCAAAAUCGAAUAUUUGCUUUGUCACAAGAUGAAAAUGAAAUGGGACGCUUCCUUCGUGAUCAAGGAGCAACAGAUAAAACAAAGGCAGGUAAAAUGAUGAUAGCUGUUGGCAAGGCUCAAAGUUAUGCUGCACAACAAAGGUUGAGCCUUAGAGUCCCUCUGGUACGUCUUUAUCAAGAGCUUGAGACUUUUCGAUUCCGAGCAGUUGCUGAUACUGCUGUGACAGUUGAGAGAAUGGAAAAGUGCAGGUCAGAUUACAGGGCUGGGUUAUUGUGGAUGGCAGAAGUUUCAAAAGAGCUGGAUCCUGAUGUGAACAAAAGGCUGGAUAAGUUUCGAGAUGUUCAAGGCCAAGUGAAAGACAACAGGAAAAAAUUUGAAAAGCUUAAAGCUGAUGUGUGUCAAAAGAUUGAUUUGUUGUCUGCCAGCCGCUGCAAUCUUUUGUCAGCUACACUGGCAGCAUAUCAACAGUGUAUGUUGAAAUUCCUUGAACACACAUCAAAGUCAUAUCAAUCAGUUUUAGAGCAAUUUAAAGGCCACCCAUCGUAUCAGUUUACUAUAUUAAGGCAUAUUAUACCAAAUAAUGGUAUUGCAGACGAUGAAGAGGAUGAUAUUAAGCCAGGGAAGAGAAGGUCUAUGGAAAUCGAAAAGGGUCAAGAGGUAGAAGAAAAUGGUGAUGCUGCUGGGGAGGGGAACCAAGAAACCCAAAGAUAUGACGCCCCUAAUGAUGACGAUGAUGACAAAUUGAUUUCAUUCGACACUUCCGUCAAUGAUGAGGCUCGAGAACAAGAGCCUGACGUUGAUGAACAAACUGCAGAAGAAACACAGAAAGAUCAAGAUCUUCUUGGGAUAUUUGAUGCUCCACAAAACGGAGGCGAACAGAGUCAUGAUCAUUACAGUGCCUUUGAGUCUUCAGAAAAUGCCAAGGGAAUCAGAGAAUUUGAAGACUUGCUUGGUGGUUUGGAUCAGACUGUACAGAAUGAUUUUAAAAUGAGCAUGGCAGUGGAAAAAGAAAACCGUGACAUUCUGGCUGAGCAAACGAAAGAGUUAGAUGAUCAGGCAAUCAGUGCCAAGAACUCUGUUGAUGAUCUGCUGUUUGGAUCGACGGAGGCUGGUCAGAAUCAAGGAAGUAAAAGUGAUAUUGAUCUGUUGAGUGACGUGCUUGGCUCUACCACAUUCAAUGAAAAGGCCUACUUGUCAGAAGAUCAGUCCGGGUUUUCAAAACAAUGGCAGGAUAUGUUUGGGCAGCAGCCGGUGGAAAACACCAAGCCACCAACGGAUAUGCUGUUGGAAGGUGAUCUGGAAACAGAAACAGCAGGAAAUAUGUAUAUGCCAUCAUUUCUUAUGGAGCAGAUGAGACAAGCGGACCCUAUUGCAGCACAGAGCGGUGCACCAAAAGGAAACAGUGCAGCCAAGGAAUCAAGUGACAAAAGCAAGGGAAAGACUCCGAAGCCAAAGAAAGGACAAGAUAUGUCAGCAUGGUUUAAUCUGUUUUCAGAUUUAGAUCCACUUGCAAAUCCGGAUGCGAUCGGAAAAGGCAAGGAUGCUGAUCAAGAGAGGUCUUGCUAAUUCAAUUCGAAAAAUUUUUCUUUGAGAAAGCAAAUUUGAUUUUUACGUUUAGAAUUUGAGAUUUAUAAUCAAAAGCCAAAAUGAGCCAAAAACUGUAGAAAUUUCUGUGUAGAUGCAGGGGCAUAGCUAUGUAGAAUGCAGUAGAGAAUUCUAGCGUGGAACGAGAAUUAUCCCCCCCCCCCUCAACUUGGAAUUUAGACAGCACUAUCCUUAGAGAGAAAAAGGUCUCAUUUACAGUGUUAAUGUUUCAUUUAUGCCGACAAAUCAGCUGGUAUGGCUGGUUAUUGGACACAUUCUGAGUAGUUUUAAGAAGUGAAGACGCAGAUGGCCAUCUAAAUGAAAAUAUCGUGUCUUAUUCUGAAAUACCAGGAAUAAAUCUAAUGUUCCAAACCGAUGUCUCAUUGUAAGGAACUUUGAUGCCAUUCUGUUAAUGAAAGACAUUUUAUCAUCUCGUUUUUUUGCCGUUUUCACACUCGUUGUUAUCAGAAUAUCCCUAGAUAAUUUUAGUGUAGAAAGUAUUAAAUGUUGCCUGCUACUUUCGCUUUUAUUUUCGAUAAUGUGGUAUAUAUUUCCCACCUUUCAAGGUGAAAUAAAUCGUCCUUGCAUAGUGUGGGUAACACGAGGUUUCCUCUAUCCGCUUUAUAGCCUACCGUUUUAUCUCUAAAGAUCUUCAUUAUAGUUAACAAUUUUCGUUUUAUUUAGAAGAUAUCGCCUAUUGUUAUUGACAUUUGUUGUCCCAAGGUAAAUACCAGGCUUCAAGUUGAUAACAACAACAGCUUCAUCGUAUUUGUAAGAUAAUAUUUAUUAAAUAAAAUAUCGUGUCAUACAAUCUUGCUCUCGUGCCAUUUAUAA